ACCAAUGGCAGAUAAGCAUUGAAACAUUUGAUUGGUGUAAAAUGUUGUCUGUAGCUGAUGCUUUCAAAAACCAGCCAAUACACAUUCGAUCUUAGACGUAAAGGGCGGGUCUUGUUGCAAUAUAAAACAGAGGGUUGAGCAGCUUUUCACACACAUAAAGAGAGACGAUAUCAGUCGUUGUAAGGUCUAAACCACCUCCAGAAAGAAAAAUGAGGGAAAUAGUGCAUCUCCAAGCUGGCCAGUGCGGAAACCAGAUUGGUGCCAAGUUUUGGGAGGUGAUAAGUGAUGAGCACGGUAUUGACCCAACUGGUACAUACCAUGGUGACAGUGACCUGCAGCUGGACAGGAUCAAUGUUUACUACAAUGAAGCCUCAGGUGGAAAAUAUGUACCCCGUGCUGUGCUGGUUGAUCUGGAGCCGGGCACCAUGGACUCUGUGAGGUCUGGUCCUUUCGGCCAGGUCUUCAGACCCGACAACUUUGUGUUUGGCCAGAGUGGUGCUGGCAACAACUGGGCUAAGGGUCACUACACAGAGGGUGCAGAGCUGGUGGACUCUGUCCUUGAUGUGGUGAGGAAGGAGGCAGAGAGUUGUGACUGCCUUCAGGGCUUCCAGCUCACGCACUCCCUGGGUGGUGGUACAGGCUCUGGUAUGGGCACCCUGCUCAUCAGCAAGAUCCGUGAAGAGUACCCUGACCGCAUCAUGAACACCUUCAGUGUGGUGCCUUCCCCAAAAGUAUCGGACACAGUUGUUGAGCCCUACAACGCCACACUAUCGGUGCACCAGCUUGUAGAAAACACAGAUGAGACCUACUGCAUCGACAAUGAGGCUCUGUAUGACAUCUGUUUCCGCACCCUUAAACUCACAACCCCCUCAUACGGUGACCUCAACCACUUGGUUUCUGCCACCAUGAGCGGCGUCACCACAUGCCUCAGGUUCCCUGGACAGCUCAAUGCUGACUUGCGUAAGCUUGCUGUAAACAUGGUGCCAUUCCCCCGUCUCCACUUCUUCAUGCCAGGCUUCGCUCCCCUCACGAGCCGAGGCAGCCAGCAGUACAGAUCACUCACUGUGCCAGAGCUCACUCAGCAGAUGUUCGAUGCCAAGAACAUGAUGGCCGCCUGCGACCCGCGUCACGGCCGUUACCUGACCGUGGCUGCCAUCUUCCGUGGCCGCAUGUCCAUGAAGGAGGUCGACGAGCAGAUGCUUAACGUGCAGAACAAGAACAGCAGCUACUUUGUUGAAUGGAUCCCCAACAACGUCAAGACCGCCGUCUGCGACAUUCCUCCCCGUGGCCUCAAGAUGGCUGCCACUUUUAUCGGCAACAGCACAGCCAUCCAGGAGCUGUUCAAGCGCAUCUCUGAGCAGUUCACUGCUAUGUUCAGGCGCAAAGCUUUCCUCCACUGGUACACAGGUGAGGGUAUGGAUGAGAUGGAGUUCACAGAGGCAGAGAGCAACAUGAACGACCUUGUGUCUGAGUACCAGCAGUACCAGGAUGCCACUGCUGAGGAGGAGGGAGAGUUUGAGGAGGAGGGUGAGGAGGAGCUGGCCUAAAUGUGUCACUUCUACAAAGCUCCGCUGAAGUUGCAGUGUAAUAACGUUCCAUGUCUGUCCAGUUUUAAGUGUUGUCUGCUAUUCAUGUUAAUAAAAUCUUCAGAGUUUUUGAA